AUGGGCGUCGAAAUCUCUUUGGAUCCCCCAGUCUGUCCGAUUCAAGCUAAUGGUGGCACGUCGAAGCAUAAGAUGAUCAAUCAUACUGAUCGUCAUUUGGCUUAUAAGGUCAAAUCUUCGAACAACUCCAACUACAGUGUCAACCUCAUCUAUGGCAUUCUUAAAGUUUGCGAUGUCAAGGAGUUGGUGAUCACUAGAAAGCCCGGAAAACCGCAAGCCGACAAGCUGAUCAUCCAAUACUGCCAAGUCAACGAUGAGAACGCCGAUCCGAAGGCGUUGUUCGCCAACGGUGUUCCCCCUGGCGAGUUGUCCGGAGAGACCAUCAUCAAGUUGUCGGCUGCCGAAUAG